GCAAGGCCGAAGUCACAGAUCUUGAUGUGCCCGUUGUUAUCCACCAAGAUGUUUUCAGGCUUCAGAUCACUGCAACAUAGGCACAGGAAAUUAACGCAGGAAAUAUUAGAAAGAGAAACGUCUGAGAGUGAUAGUCAGGGAUUUCCUUGGUCUGCAAUAACUUUGUGCAGUGUUCCCCCGUCGGCAUACUCGAGCACGAAGAAGGCAUGCAGCUGGUUAGAGAGACAAAUGAAGAAUUAGUGAGGAAUAUAUGGCACAGAACUGUUCAGCAAGCAAGUGUUCUGUACCUCGGAUUGGAACGUGGCAUGAGAAUGGCAUAGAAAGGGGCAUCCUCUGGCGAUCUUCAAGAGUCGGGCCUCCUUCAUGAUGCAGCACCACAUGGGAAUAGCAGUUCAGCAUUCAGCGGAUAAUUACAAGCUUUGAAUUCUGUAAAUACAGCUUGAAGGAAGGGGAAGAAAGCGUGGGAGGAAUCAUCUCAAGUAACUAACACACCCACCCCAGUAACUAGCAGCAGAGAAGUGCACACAAGUUUGCGAUCUUGACAAAACGCAGACAAUAUGGAGCUUGAAGCUAUGACUUCUCGUGAAACGUGGCCAGAUGAAACAGAAGAAGCAACAAAUACAGAGAGCCCACCUAAGUCCCGCUGUGACAAAAUCCACGAAACCAUUUCCAACUGGAUACUACCUGCCAACCACAGAGACACCUACCUGGAGAGAGCAAACUGCUUGCCCCCUCCAAUCUUUAUCAUUUCAGUCAGCAUUGCUGAGCUAGCAGUAUUCAUUUACUAUGCAGUGUGGAUGCCGCAGAAGCAGUGGAUCACCCUGGAUUCUGGUGUCUGGAACAGCCCCUUCAUUUACCGGGCUGAUAAAAGAGAGGAGGCAUGGAGAUUUAUAUCUUACAUGAUGGUGCAUGCUGGCGUGCAGCACAUUAUUGGGAAUUUGGCUCUCCAGCUUUUCCUUGGAAUUCCACUUGAGCUGGUCCAUAAGGGACAUCGCAUUGGACUGGUAUACCUGGCUGGGGUUAUCGGAGGAUCUCUAGCAAGUUCUGUCUUUGAUCCCCGGCUUGCUCUUGUUGGAGCUUCUGGGGGCGUCUACGCUUUGAUUGGGGGCUACUUCAUGAAUGUCCUAGUGAAUUUUAAGGACAUGGUACCUUUGUUUGGAAUAUUUCGAAUUCUGGUCAUCGUAACAAUCGUUGGAACUGAUGUGGGAUUUGCCCUGUACAGAAGAUACAUUUCCCAUGAAACGGGUGAAAAGGUCUCCUUUGUGGCCCACUUUGCUGGAGGACUGGCUGGAAUGUCCAUUGGUUAUACAGUUUUCAGCUGCUUUGACAAAAAUCUAAUAAAAGAUCCCAGGUUUUGGAUUUGUAUUGCUGCUUAUGUUGCCUGUGUUAUUUUUGCUGUGCUGUUUAAUAUUUUUUUAUCCCCUGCACCUUAAUGUAUAUCAGCAGCACUAGAAGGACAAUUAUUGUUUUGCAAGAACUAUGUACAAUGCAACCCUUUUUGUUGAAGAACUGCAGCUAUAAAUUUGCACAGAGCUGGAGUACUGGGCAACUAAUGCCUUAAAAGAAGCAGAAUACUUGCUAGUUUAUUUCCAGUUUGUCCUCACAAUAGUGAAUGAGCUGUUUUACAUGCAGAGACCUCCUAAUGACCAAUUUUAUAUUCACACAACCAAAUCCACAACCAUUCAUGAGGUUCUUCUUGUUCCUUGCAACUCUGCCGAAAUUGAUUCAAGAAACUUUUUCUGAUUUUUUUUUUUUUUUUACUCUUCUGCGUCAUACAGGAAAAUAUAUGAAAAGGGCUUUUUCAGCACUGAUAUUUAAGUGUUUAUUAAAAAAGACUUUUGACAUUCCAGACUUUUUUUUCUAAUGAAAGAAGUGCUAUGCAACACAAUUUUCUUAUUCAGAAUGGUGGCUUUGUGGUUAGCAUUGCUGCCAUGCACAGUGAUUUAAUUCCAGCCAGAGCCCUGCAAAGAGUUUGGAGUAGCAAGAUGAGACAUUCACAACGACACUGAAAACAUACAGUUUCCUCCUCUCACCAAAACUUUACAGGCAGGUUAAUUGGCUCCUGGCUAUAAUGUAUAUAUAAUUAUAUAUAAUAUAUAUAAUGGCUAUAAUGUAU